UCUCACAUUAAUUUUAUUUUUAAACACAAUUCUGUCCGAUUUGCAACUUGCACAUCACACAAUAUGAGUAAGGUCGAUAGAAAGGAUUUUAACUGGACUGCCUUUCUGAAAGACUUCAUGGCAGGAGGGAUUUCUGCGGCCAUUGCUAAAACUGCCAUGGCGCCAAUCGAAAGAGUUAAACUAAUUUUACAAGUGCAGCAUAUAUCAAAACAAAUAUCAGAAGAUAAAAGGUACAAAGGAAUUAUCGAUGCAUUCAUUCGGAUACCUAAAGAGCAAGGUGUGCUCUCUCUCUGGAGAGGAAAUUUGACUAACGUCGUGCGUUACUUUCCAACGCAAGCUCUUAAUUUUGCUUUUAAAGAUGAAUAUAAGAAGAUCUUUCUCGAAGGGGUCGAUAAGAAUACUCAGUUUUGGCGGUAUUUUGCUGGGAACCUAGCUGCUGGCGGCGCGGCUGGCGCUACUUCCAUGUGCUUUGUCUAUCCCCUGGAUUUUGCUCGAACCAGAUUGGCCGCUGACGUCGGCAAAGGUGAAAACAAACAAUACAAAGGCCCUACAGACUGUUUAAUAAAAACUUUUAAGAGCGACGGUCCGAUAGGGUGGUACAGAGGCUUCGUGGUAUCUGUUCAAGGCAUAAUCAUAUAUCGUGCAACGUAUUUUGGACUGUACGAUACAGCGCGUGGCAUGAUGCCGGAUCCGGAAAAUACUUCGCUAUUCAUUUCAUGGAUCAUCGCUCAGACUGUGACUACGAUUGCUGGCAUUACCUCGUAUCCUCUGGACACGGUACGAAGACGAAUGAUGAUGCAAUCAGGCCUGCCGAUGAAUGAGCGUCAAUACAAAAACACCGCACACUGCUGGGCAGUCAUAUUCCGUACCGAAGGACCGACAGCGUUUUUCAAAGGCGCCUUCUCGAAUAUACUCCGAGGGGCUGGGGCUGCUUUUGUUUUGGUACUAUAUGACGAAGUGAAAAAACUUCUAUAGGAUAACAGUUACUACGUAGUACGUACGUACGUAGUAUAGGAUAACAGUUACCAAUUGCACUCUUUUGUAAGGUAGGUACAUGUUUUAUU